GCCUCAAGCGGUCGGACGGGUGGGAGUGGCAGGAGCGGAAACUUGAGCGAGAGAGAGCUGUAGUGUCAUGGAGCCUGCCCCCGCCGCGUCUCCCGGGCCUUCCCGCUCCUUUAAGGAGGAGCUGCUCUGCGCGGUCUGCUACGACCCGUUCCGCGACGCGGUGACGCUGCACUGCGGCCACAACUUCUGCCGCGGGUGCGUGAGCCGCUGUUGGGAGGUGCAGACGACGCCCACCUGCCCGGUGUGUAAGGACCGCGCGUCGCCCGCCGACCUGCGCACCAACCACACGCUCAACAACCUGGUGGAGAAGCUGCUGCGCGAGGAGGCCGAGGGCGCGCGCUGGACGGGCCGCCGCUCCCCGCGCCUCUGCCGCCCGCACCGCGGCCAGUUCAGCCUCUUCUGCCUGGAGGACAAGGAGCUGCUGUGUUGCUCGUGCCAGGGCGACCCCAAGCACCAGGGACACCGUGUGCAGCCCGUGAAAGACACCGCGCACGACUUUCGGGCCAAGUGUAAGAACAUGGAGCACGCGCUGCGGGAGAAAGCCAAGGCCUUCUGGACUGUGCGGCGCUCCUAUGAAGCCAUUGCUAAGCACAAUCAGGUGGAGGCUGCCUGGCUGGAAGCCCGCAUCCGGCAGGAGUUCGACAAGCUUCGAGAGUUCCUGAGAGUAGAGGAGCGGGCCACUCUGGAUGCCAUGGCCGAGGAGAGCAGGCAGAAGCAGCUGCUGGUUGAUGAGAAGAUGAAGCAUCUUGCAGAAGAGACUGAGGCGCUGGCCCGCGAGAUUGAGCGGCUGCAGAUGGAGAUGAAGGAAGAUGAUGUUUCCUUUCUCAUGAAACACAAGAGCCGGAAACGCCGGAUGGCAGCCGUGUUGGAGAAGCUCCUAAUUGUAUCUCCCAGAAGGGCGGGAGGAGCCCUGCUACUGCAUGCUGAAGGGGUGUGUCAAUCCAGUUGGUUCCUGGCCCAAUCCAGGCUCUUCUCCACGGUGGAGCCGGAGCCCAUCCAGUCUGGCAUGCUUAUCGAUGUCUGCAAGUACCUGGACUCCCUGCGGUAUCGCGUCUGGAAGAAGAUGAUUGCUUCUAUCGAAUGUGUGCCCUUCAGUUUCGAUCCCAGCACUGCGGCCGGCUGGCUCUCGGUGGCUGACAGCCUUACAAGUGUCACCAACCAUGGCUACCGUGUACAGGUGGAGAACCCAGAGCGCUUCUCCUCAGCACCCUGCCUGCUGGGCUCCCGUGUCUUCUCGCAGGGCUCCCACGUCUGGGAGGUGGCCACGGGUGGGCUGCAGAGCUGGCGGGUGGGUGUGGUACGGGUGCAGUCGGAGGCUGGUGGAGAAGGCCAUGCGCUCAGCUGCUACCAUGACUCGCGCUCGGGCUUCUGGUACGUGUGCCGCACUCAGGGUGUGGAUGCAGACCACUGUGCCACCUCGGACCCAGCCAUAGCGCCUCUGCCAGUGGCCAUGCCACGCCGGCUGCGCGUGGAGCUCGAGUGCGAAGAGGGUGAGCUGUCUUUCUACGAUGCCGAGCGCCACUGCCAUCUGUACACCUUCCAUGCCCGCUUUGGGGAGGUGCGGCCCUAUUUCUACAUAGGGGGCACGCGGGGAGAUGGGUCCCCUGAGCCUUUGCGCAUCUGCCCCCUGCGCAUCACCAUCAAGGAAGAGCUGGACAGCUGAGCUGCCCCGAGCCUGCAGGACUGAUGUACUGCGGGCCUGCUCUCUUCCUGAAGCCUGCAGUGGCCUGGGUACCUCUGCCCCCGCCCUUCUGGCAGCAUACUCUACCCUUCUGUCUUACCCUUUCCAUGACUCCAGCUCUAUGCCUCUAGCUUCACUUUUGGUUUUUCCUCUGCCCACAGUUAAAAGGCCAUUCAGUGGGCACCUUGAUGGGCCCAGGCUCCACCCAUAGUUGUAGCACUUUCAGGGUGGGAAUGUUCUGAAUCCUCAUCCAGGAUUGCUGGAGGUAUUUGCUUCUAGAGCAAGUCUGUUUUAAACCGUAGGUUUUAUUUCUAGGUCUGAUGAGGCCAACCAAUUAGGAGAUGACUGUUGUUGGAAAGGUAGUUUGUCACUCACAGAUCCAGGAGGAAGAGGCAUGUCGUGCCCCAAAGGGAAGCACUAGGAUGCGAAGAGAAAGCUUCAGCAGAGCC